AUGGGCUAUGGGCAAAAACGGAAUCUAUUUCUGUCUUUGUAUCUAUCUCAAUCUAUCUUCUAUCUAUUUCUCUAUCUUUCAAUGUAUCAUUCGGACAUCUAUCUAUCUAUCCACCCAUAUCUAUUUAUCUAUCUUCUUCCGACUUUUGAAUUUAUUUUUGUCUAUCUAUCUAUUUUCAUCUAUCUAUCUAUCUUUCUAUCUAUCUCUCUUUUCUCUUUAUUGUCAUUUUUUAUUCCUAUCCCUCAAUACGGUUCAUCAAAAGCUAUCCCAGUAUCUAUCUAUCUAACCUUCUAUAUUCCCCAUAUACGAACUGACCCAGCCAUCAAACUCUAUCAUAUCUAUCUAUCUAAUAUCUAUCUAUCUAUCCUAUCUAUCUAUCUAUCAUUUAUCUAUUCCGUAUCUCAGUGUUCAUUUCUAUCUAUCUAUCUAUCGAUCUAUUUCAGUCUGUUCAUAUCUAUUUAUCUAUCUAUCUAUUUCAGUCUACCAUUCCCAUCUGUGACGUCGUCCCCCGGUCGCAUUGACUGUGACGUUCUAUCCUGA